AUGUGGCGGCGCGCCGCCCGCCCCGCGCACUGCGUAGCCAUGCUGCUGCUGCCGGCUUUUGUUCUCGUCGCCACUGCCGCGGCAGCCCAGGUCGCGACACCGCCGCCAGCCAGACAACAGGCAAAUACGGCAUCGCUCACAAAAGCGAACAGGGAUGAGCGCAUCAUCAACGGCGUGGACGCGCCCGACCAGUACCUGUACAUGGCGGCCGUCUUCGCGGACGGGGCGACCCUGUGUGGCGGCACCUUCGUCUCUCGCAGCUGGAUCCUCACCGCCGCGCAGUGCGUCGUCGGGUGGGUAUCAGCGGACGCGCACCCCACCUUCGUCUUCAAGUUAAAAGCUCCAAUUCAAGGGUUCACCAUCUGGGAGGUGUGGCUGGGUGUGACGAGUCUGGCGGGAGGUGAUCCUGGUCGCAUCACUAUCGUGUCCGACAACGCCACCGCGAACCCCAGCUACAGCGGCAACAACUACGACAUCGCCGUCAUCAACACCAUCGUCGUCGAGGCAGUCUACCUCGCGCCAGCGGACCUGCCGUUUCGCUCUGACACGCCGGCCAGCCUCAUCGGGGAGGUGGCCGUCAUGACGGGCUGGGGAGCCACUGUGGCAGGAGGGCCGACGGAGACGACUCUGAAGAGCGCCAACGGCAGCUUCGCCGGGGAGUGCGGGGCUGGCUACCACGUGUGCAUCUACACGUACAACCAGGUGGACGUCACCACGGGCGACUACGGUGGCCCUCUGACGGUGGCGGGCGGUGCAGUGGGCAGCUAUAAGGUGGUGGGCGUCGCCAUCGGCACCGAUCUCUCUGGUAACCGGUCCGUCUUCACCAACGUCUACCAGAACCUCGACUGGAUCGCCUCUGUCACCGAUCUCCCCAUCUACGAUUAGCGCCACGACGCUGGCAUUUCACAAGUACAACCACAUGCUGCACUGCCCCUCUCAGAGGACAAUUCGUGUGGUGCUCUGGAACCUGCUUGGCAGACGUGUCGUAACGCCCAUCAGCGACUCAACUGCGGAAGCCGUAUGAAUUCUGACAUCGGGUGCUGAUA